CUGAAGGUUCCGAUCAACAUUUCUUUACCCCAGAACAAAACCAACCUUUCGAAUUCCUUCCUUCACAUAAUUCGGUGCCAACAUCACAUCAAUUUAAUUCUUUAUUACCAUUGAAUGGCACAAAACAACUUGAUGUGAGUUGUCUUGAUUCAAAUCAUACAUUCUGGGAUGCGAAUUCACUAUACAUAUGGCCGAAUACAACAACUUCGCAACAAAUGUGGACAAAUAAUGGAGGAAGUCCAUUAAGCAUAAGUACACCAGCAUCAACAACAUCGCCAUCGGGUCAUCAAUCACCAGAACAUGAUUCACCUUAUUCACAUAGUGGAGUAGGAUCUCCUGCAGGAUCGGUAGUUGAUCCGGUAAUUGUUGCUUCUCAAACUCAUGAUAUGAUGAUGCAAACAGAAAAUGUUUCGUGGUUUCAAGCAGCCUAA